AUGAAUAGCUUGAUUCAAAAGAGAGUUUUUGUCGGCAACAUCUUUCAAAAUGCAGACGAUUGUUAUUCAGAAUUACUAGAUCGGUUUGGCAAAUUUGGUGACUGCAAAGACGCUCAGUUUGAAAAACAUAAUCACUUUGCGUUCAUUAAUGUGAAAUUUAACGAUGAGACAGCUUUCAACAGGUUGAAAAAGAGCUUUAAUAAUGUCAAGUUCAAAGGAAACAUUUUGAAGAUUGAUGAAGCAAAGCCAAAUUGGGAAACUAGCUGGGCGGAACAACAUGCAAAGGACAUCAAGGAAGAUAUUAUUCAAAAUCUUAAAAUGAAAAAAAAGAAUUGGGAACAUUAUAAGAAGAUGGAAAAUGUAGCGAAAACCUGGAAGGAUCAUAAAGAAGUUAUUGCAGGUAGAAUGAGGGAAGCACCAAGGAAAAGAGGGCAAACGAGAAACAUCACGUUCAGGAUUAAUGUUAAUGGAUCAUUGAAAGUUUAUAAAUGUUAUAAAACUAAGUUGUGGGGUUAUGAAAGAAACAAAGAAUUAAACGAUCUUGUGUACAAAUUUACAAAUAAUUUCUGGAAAAACGGGUAUAAUCAUAUUGUUGAUAGACUGGAUUACAGUCGUGCGGCCAAACCCGUUAGGUUCACUAAUGGGCUGAAGCAGUUAACCAUAUCAAAAGAUGAAAACGCUAGUGAUGAGAAGACAGACAGCGAGGAGAAUAUGUCAGAAGAAGAGAAGGAGAAAAACAACGUUAUUCUGAACGACUUAUUAAAGGAGUUUGAUUUUGAUAAGCCAAUGCCUCUAAAUGACUCCGACGAAGAGCACCUGGCAGAACAGGAGGGGAAAGAAGCAGAUGCUCCAGAAGAUGAGGACGUUGAACUGGAAAAAGUUUCCGAAGUAAAUGUUCCAGAAGAAGAGGGCGCCCUACCAGAAGAGACUUCAAACAAAAAGAAAGAACACCACGACGAUGGACAAAAGGAUCAAGAAUUUAUUCCAACUUUUUCCAAAGAAGUUGGUCAAGGUACAAUAAGCAACACCGAGACAUUAAGAAACAUAUUUAACCCAACCGAGACGGAAUCUGUAUCGCAAUUCAAAUUAAUUGAAGAUUCAGAUAAUGAUAUUGAUCAUGGGAAAGAUGUUGACGUGAACGAGCAGGAGAAGGAAGUAAAUAAAUCUCACAGAUCAGACGCCACAUCUCCGUUAUCGCAGACGUCUAAAGAUAAGGAUAAUAAAAACUUCUUAUUUUUUCCUCAUUUGCAGUCGCCAUUUUUAGUAGGGCAAACGCAACUGAGUAAAGUACGGGCUAGUGGGAAAGAAACAACACUAUCGAACUGGGAUGAGGAGUUUUGGGCUAACAGAGGUAAUUGGACCCGUGAUAUGAGGCGCAAAAUGAAAGAUGCAUUGAAGCACCGUAAAAGAAAACAAUCAAAAAACGGGUUUCUUUUAUAG